AUGACCAUGACGAAGCUUGUACCUACUAUGGAGGAGGUGAAGACAUCCAUUGAUGCAGCUUUAUACUUUUUCCAGACAUCUCUCCGCGAGCUCAACAGACAGAUUUGGUCCAACCCAGAGACUGCCUACGAAGAACACCAAGCCCAUGACACCAUUUGCGACUUUCUCGAGAAACAGGGGUUUACCGUUACCCGCCACGCAUACGGCUUGGAUACAUCCUUCGAGGCCACCAGUGGCUCUGGAGGGCGUUUGAUCAACUUCAAUGCUGAAUAUGACGCGUUACCCGGAAUCGGGCAUGCCUGUGGUCAUAACCUCAUUACCACAAGCAGCAUGACCGCCUUCCUUGCUCUUUCAGCUAUUCUCAAGCAAUACGGACUUCCAGGUCGCACGCAAUUACUCGGCACCCCGGCAGAAGAGAACGGCGGUGGUAAAGCGAAGUUGAUCGAUGCGGGUGCCUACAAGGGGGUGGAUAUCUCUUUGAUGGCUCACCCUGGUCCCAAAGAACUUUUUCCCGGUGUUGUUGCAGAUGGCGUGGGCGGGGUGUUGAUGAACGCUCGAAAGGAGAUUCACUGCGAGUUCACGGGCAGAAGUGCCCAUGCAGGAGGCAAUCCCUGGGAGGGAGUAAAUGCUCUCGACGCCUUGGUAACAUCCUACAACAAUAUCUCUAAUCUACGCCAACAACUUCGUCCUGAUGAACGGAUUCACUGUGCCUUCUUGGAUACGCCCAAGGUAGCUAAUGUCAUUCCGUCGUACACCAAGGCAUAUUGGCAGGUGCGAAGUCCUACGUUGAAGGGAUUGAAUCGCUUGAUGGUCAAGGUGCAUAACUGUAUCGAGGCCGGUGCGUUGGCGACCGGAUGUGAGGUUAAGAUCAUUGAGAAUGAGCUGUAUACUGACAUCAAGAUCAACGACACCCUAUGCGAUCAGUAUCAGACACACAUGGCAAAGUAUGACCGAAAGGUCCUGAAAAGACAUGAAAAGGUCUUGACUGGCUCGUCAGAUAUCGGCAAUGUCAGCUAUAUCAUGCCGACGUUGCACACCAUGUUCGGGAUCACAGCUGAAGAAGGCUCUUUCCCCCACCACCCCACAUUCGCUGCGGCUGCUGGGACCGAUUCUGCCCAUGAAGAAGCGGUGAUCGUGGGCAAGUCUCUGGCAUUGAUUGGAUGGGAUAUGAUCACAGACGAUAACAUGUUUGGGGUAGCAGAGAAGCAGUGGAAGGAGUGUCUCCAGGAGUAAUAGGCGAGGUGUAUAAGGCGCUUUGAG